GACACGAAUGCGGUCACAUGACCAGCUGCUUCAAACAACACACACAUUCAUCCAAACACACACACACACACAGAGAGAAAAGCUGUGGCAGCAGCAGAACCGAGCCGCUCCGCUCCGGACAGCAGUCACAACUGAUUCACAGUGAGGCAAGAUCCAACAUCCGGAUCCGAAAUGCAGUGCACAGCAGUGUUUUUUCUUCUGGCGUUCUCCACGGCCACCUGGGCUAUGGAUAACGGGCUGAUGAGGACCCCGCCGAUGGGCUGGUUAGCCUGGGAACGUUUCCGCUGCGACACCGACUGUCUGAACGACCCCGACAACUGCAUCAGUGAGAAGCUGUUCAUGGACAUGGCCGACAGACUGUCGGAGGACGGCUGGAGAGAGCUGGGAUACGUCUACGUCAACAUCGACGACUGCUGGGCCUCAAUGCAGAGAGACAGUCAGGGCCGCCUGCAGGCCGACCCCAAGAGGUUCCCGCACGGCAUCGCUCAUCUGGCGCAGUACGUGCACGACCGCGGCCUGAAGCUGGGCAUCUACGGAGACAUGGGCACUCACACGUGCGGCGGAUAUCCGGGAACCACGCUGGACAAGGUGGAGACGGACGCGCAGACGUUUGCAGAUUGGGGCAUCGACAUGCUGAAGCUGGACGGCUGUUACUCCAACUCAUCCUACCAGGAACAAGGCUACCCAAUGAUGUCAAAGGCCCUGAACGCUACGGGUCGUCCCAUUGGCUACUCCUGCAGUUGGCCCGCCUACCAGGGCGGCCUCCCACCGAAAGUGAACUACACACUGCUGGGUCAGAUCUGUAACCUGUGGCGGAAUUACGAUGACAUCCAGGACUCGUGGGACAGUGUGCUGAGCAUCGUUGACUGGUUCUUUGGCAAUCAGGACGUCUUGCAGCCCGCCGCCGGACCGGGCCAGUGGAACGACCCUGACAUGCUGCUCAUUGGAGACUUCGGCCUCAGCAUGGACCAAUCACGUUCUCAGAUGGCGCUGUGGGCGAUCAUGGCCGCGCCUCUCUUCAUGUCUAACGAUCUGCGUACGAUCAGCAGCGGCGCUCGUGCGAUCCUGCAGAAUAAAAUCGUCAUCGGCAUCAAUCAGGACCCCCUUGGCAUCCAAGGCAUUCGCCUGAUCAAAGAGAAGAGCAAGAUCGAGGUUUACUGGCGGCCUCUGAAUAAAGGAUCCAGCGCUCUGGUGUUCUUCAGCAGGAGGUCAGAUAUGCCGUAUCGCUACGUGACGAACCUAAAGACGCUGAGCUACAAACCUGGAGUGUAUCAGGUGUAUGACGUGUUUGCAGAGAAGCUCCUGCCUGAUCUGAAGGACAGCACAGACUUCAGUGUGUCCAUCAACCCGUCUGGUGUGGUCAUGUGGUACGUCAUUCCAACAGCUGACUUUCAGAAGGAGGCGGGGCCUGGUCGUUUCAGCGAGAAGCUGAUGGGGCCAAAGUUCCGUCAACACGCUAAUGAGGUCGACGCUCCUCUGGUGCUCUGAGCUGGGUUGUUUCAGGAAGGCUCCGCUCAUCAGGAAUAAAUUACGCACUCAGGGACAUUUAGCCAAUCAGAUGUGCCUACAGUCACUUGAUUUCCUUUUUUUAAAAAGUUCUUGUGUAAUUCUUACGACCGUUUCUGCUGACUGUCAGUUGUUUUACAUUUUACCACUGUAUGAAGUGCUGUUGGAUGUAAUUCGAUGUUUUUGCACUGACUUUACAAACAUGCCUAUUAACAAUAACAUCUCAUGUGUGCACAUUCAAAUCAUUUUGGGAUGUAAAAAUGAAGAUGUUCAAAUUCUAAUGCUUCUGUUUAUGUGCACUACUGUUUUUAAACUCAAACACAAGUACAAAAAAUGAAGUAUGACUGCAAGACUAAAAACCUGUCAAUCGCGUUCAAAUCCCAUGAACUCUUUAAGUUUCUGAAGCACAAACACUUAAGGGUCAAACUACAAAUGAAGCAGUUCAUAAACCUCAUGUUGAUUUUGAACUAGGAUAGAAACACAUUAAAAAUCACAAUGAAUGUUAA